AUGACCGUCACUCAGUCUGAAACUGCCCCUCUCGUCGUUAUCGUCGGCGCUACAGGGAAUCAGGGCGGAAGCGUCUUGCGCAACCUCGUCGAGUCGGACAAGGAUUACCGCAUCCGAGCUCUGUCUCGAGAUGGCAGCAAACCCUCCUCGCAGAAGAUCAAAGAGACCGGCGCCGAAGUCUUCGAGGUCGAUAUCCGAGCCGACAACAAAGACGGGAUCGUCAAGGCGUUUGCCGGAGCUGACAUUGUUUUCGGUGUCACCAACUUCUGGGAGCAUUUCGAUGCCUCGAAAGAGGUCGCUGAAGGCAAAGCGAUGAUUGAUGCUGCCAUCGAAGCUGGCGUGGGUUUGUUCAUUUUUGCCGGCCUCCCCGGUCCCAACAAACUAUCGAACGGCAAAUUCUCCAAGGUCUUGCAUUUCGAUUCCAAGGCUACCAUUGAUGACUAUGGUCGAUCCAGGGCUUCCGGAACCUUGAACUAUCGCACUGUCCAGGCGGCCUAUUACUACAGCGUCCUCUCGGGCGCCGAACAACUCAAGAUGUUCCAGCGAGGCGAUGAUGGCGCGUUCUACAUCACUCUUCCGGUAUCCGAGGAAGAUGCCAACAAGAUUGCUCUUCCCUUUACCGAUACCCCUCGAGAUCUUGGGCUUUACGUGAGAGCGGUGAUCGAGCAUGAAGACGUCAGGAAAGAUUCGAGGCCUGUGCUUGCUCAGAGCGACGCAGUGACUGUCGAUCAGUUACGCGAGGCUUUCGCUCAAGCGACGGGCCAGACCUUCAAGCUACGAGCCCUCUCUGUUGCAGACUACGUCCAAUCUUGGCCGGCCGGCACUCCUCCCUUCAUCCUCGACGCUAUCGUGGACCAGUAUCGAUUCCACCUGGAGACCGGGUACUGGGGAGGUCAGGAUCACCAAUGGACCGAGCAAUAUCUCGCGAGGAAACCCACUUCGUUGGUCGAUUGGUUGAAAGAGGCCGAUUUGAGCUAUUACACAAGUUGA